GGUAAGGUGUAAUUUGCCCACAGUUCUCUUCUUUUCUAGUACGAUCUGCCAAGACCGAGGAAUGGAGGUCUGAAAAUGGAGAAACCCUCCUCGUCUCCAAACUCCAUCUCUAAAACUUGUUCUCUGUCCAACCCCUCGUCCUCCUCAUUCUAUGUACACACAGAUAAUCUUCCAUUACUCAGAGAAAAAAGCAAUUUGGGUAACUCUGUAUCCAUGGACGACGAUGCUCAACAACAUAACCUAACAUUCACUGAAACGCAUACAAUGAAGGAAAAACCACAACAAUUCACUUCACUUGAUGAAGCCGACCCCACUGUUGAGGAGGAGAGGCCAAGUGCGGCCAAGAAAUGGCGAAUCGGGAUUAAGAACAGAUUCGAGACAAAGCAAGUGAGGAUAGUUUCUGAUGAUCCAAGGAAAAGUGAAUGUCGCAAAAGGAAGAGGGGGAUAAUGGAUGACUUGUAUGAUCAUUUCGAAGCUAAGUCUUCUCUAGUCAUGAAAAGAGCAGAAGAGGUUCAAGCAAGUUUGUCUCCAGAAUUUCCUAGCUUCGUUAAGUUGAUGCUCCGGUCACAUGUUACCUACUGUUUUUGGAUGGGCCUUCCUUCGAAAUUUUGCAAAUCGCACUUGCCAGGGCAUGAUGAAACAGUCGUUUUGGAGGAUGAAAGUGGGGAAGAAUACAAAACAAAGUUCCUUGCUGUUAGCCAUGGACUUAGUGGUGGAUGGCGAGGGUUUGCCAAGGUGAAAAAAUUGCUUGAAGGUGAUGCUGUAGUUUUCCAUUUGGUCAGGUCUUGCAAAUUUAAGGUACAUAUAGUGAGAGCAAAUGAUUUGGCUAUCGUUGACAGAGCUCCUGAACCUGUGUAUUUUGAUGCUCGUGCAGAAGAAACUGAUUUUGCUUAUGCAGAGAAGAAUAGCAGAACAUGUGAGAAGGCAGAGGAAAAUCAUUCAAGGCUUGUUCCGCCUAACAUUCUUGGGGAGAAUCCCCGGCCUGUUACAGAUCAGUCUGAGAGUGAAACAGAUCAGUCUGAGAAUGAUACAGAAAAUCUUUACUCAUCAGACAUGGAAGGUUACGGAUUAUCAGGAUCUAUUGCUGAUUUUAAUAACUUCAACAUUAUUGUGAAUGGCUUGCCCAUUGACCAUACGCUCUCCCAACACACACGGACCAAGUACUAUGAUCUCUGCUGCACUCAGAAAUCAUAUCUGCACAACCACCUUCUCAAGAGCGUUGACACUAAAUUGGCAGCUGAAAUUGUUUCCAAGACAAUUACUAUUGCUGACUCAAUUAGAGCUUCGAAGCUUUCCUCUACAUCAGAAGAUGAUUUUGCAAUUUGGGACAAGACUUUGGAAGCCUUUGAGAUGUUGGGCAUGGAUGUUGGAUUUUUACGUGCCCGGCUGAACCGACUUGUGAGGAUCGCAUCGGAGUUGACUGUUGCUGCAGAUUCAAAGAGGUACGAUGAAGCUAAAGUUGAGCGGGACCGCGUUGAAGUGGAGAUGAGGAGUCUUGAACUAAGGCUUCUGGAAUUAAAACAGGCUAGGAGUAGGCUUGAUUAUGAGAUGGAGGGUUUGAAUGAGAAGGUGACGAGGUAUGAGGUUAUGUUUCAGGGAGUUGCCAAUGGUUUCUGGUGAAGACUGGUAAAAAACUGUGUUUAUGCUUUUUUGUACAAAGGGUUGCUGCCAAGUGGCCGUCUGUGCCUGUAGUGUAUGUUUGGCAGAUUUUGUGUACAUCAACUAAUCAGAAUAGUGUAUGGAGGAAAUAUGUAUCUAUACUAUCUAUACUAAUGUAUAAAGUGAAGGUUGGAGCUGGUGUUUGAUUGUCA